AGAGGAGGAAAGUGAGACAGAGAUGAAAAGGGAGGAAAGGAAGGAGGACAGGAAACAUCAAGAGCGGAGAGUGAGAUGAUAGAAAAACAUAGAUGACUGACAAAGUGUAGGUAGGUAGAUAGAUAGAUAGAUAGAUAGAUAGAUAGAUAGCAUCAUGAUAAGAUUUAGGUGUGUUCUGCUCUGUUAGAGUUUUCAUUCAUACAACAGCUGGAGUGGCGAGAGGGAGCAGCACUUUCCUUCUCUCUCCAUCACACACACACACACGCACACACACACACACACACACACACACACACUCCUCUGACACACAUACACGUGCAUUUACAAACAGCAACACACAUUUUCGCUGCGUAGAGCGACGGACUCCCCUCCCCUGAGACUCCUUCUGUUAGGAGAGGAGAGGAAGCGACAGAUUUUGUAGCUACAGACGUGGACACACACACACACACACACACACACAGAGAAAAGCACAUGUGUUUCAUAGUGGACUGGAAACUGAGGGAUGCAUCAUGAAGUCUCAGCAGAAGUGCAUCGUGAUUUUUGCCUUGGUCUGCUGCUUCGCCGUGCUGGUGGCGUUGAUUUUCUCAGCCGUGGACAUUUGGGGCGAAGACGAAGACGGGAUCACGGAGGAGAACUGUAGCAGGAACUGCAGAGUCAUGCUUGUUGAGAACAUCCCAGAAGACAUCUCCUUUGACAAUGGUACAGCCCACGUCCCUCUCUUGGUGGGCCUGUACAAUUUAUUGGACCGGGCCAUCAGGGUCGUGGAGAUCGUUUCGCCGCUGUGGCUCCUCAACUCCUCUGAUUAUGAAUCCAGCUUCCAGCCGGCGGCCAGACAGGGCCGGGCUCUGCUGUCCAGGCUUCAGGGGCUCAAAGCAAAAGGAGUCCAGCUGAAGAUCUCCAGCGGGAUGAUCGACUCGACCGAGCUCAAGACGCUCGCCAAACACAAUGCUGAGGUCCACUAUGUGAACAUGACAGCGCUGACCAAAGGUCGCCUCCUCUCCUCGUUCUGGGUGGUCGACAGGAGACAUUUCUACAUCGGGAGUGCAAGCAUGGACUGGAGAUCCCUAGCCACUAGGAAGGAGCUGGGAGUGCUGGUGUACGACUGCAGCUGUCUGGCUCUGGACCUCCACAGAGUGUUCAGUCUCUACUGGGGGCUCCAGUACAGAGACUUCAUCCCCUCCUUCUGGUCCAAGCGUCUCUUUGCGCUCUACAACAAGAACGCUCCUCUGGACUUCACUCUCAACAGCACCAAGGCUCAGGCCUUCAUCUCUAGCUCUCCAGAUGUUUUCAUCCCCAAAGAUCGUACCAACGACCUGGAAGCCAUUUCCUGGAUCAUCCAAGAAGCUCGCCAUUUCAUAUACAUCUCCAUCAUUGAUUACCUGCCCCUGGUCAGCAGCAACGCCCACAAGUACUGGUCUCGUAUCGAUGGCCUAAUCCGGGAGGCUCUGAUCCUGAGGAAGGUGCGGGUGCGUCUGCUGAUAAGUUGCUGGGAAAAGACUCAACCACUCACUUUCAACUUUAUCUGGUCCCUGAGGAGUCUGUGCAUGGAGCAGGCCAACUGCUCUCUGGAAGCUAAGUACUUCAACCCCAGAGUGCAGAGGGAUGGCAGUCUCCAGGGAAUAAACCAUAACAGGUUUAUGGUGACCGACAGAGCCAUUUAUUUAGGUAACCUUGACUGGGUGGGGAAUGAGUUCACCUUCAAUGCAGGAGCCGGCCUGGUGAUCAGCCAGCCAGAGGGCGUCGAGGACAGGAACUCCACAGUGGUGGAGCAGCUGCGGGCAGCGUUUGACAGGGACUGGUUUUCACAUCACACCCGCUCCCUGCAGGCCAACAAGAUCCCCGUUUGCAUCAAGCACCAGAUCAACAAGCUGGUGCCAGAGAAAGCCAGCCACAUAGACAACGGGCCGAUGCCAAUCAGAACAGGCCAAUAUGAAACCGCACCUGCACCAAUGAGAAACAGUCACAAAGACGAUGGGCUGGUGAAAACGAGGCACCACGAUGACAAAAUUAAUCACCAAGGCUUUGCAAAUGGACUCGUGCCAAUCAUAGACAGUCAUCGCGAGAGGGGACAAGUUAAAAUCAGUAACCUUGACAACAGUCAGCUACAAAACAAAGGUGGCUACCAAGACAAUCCAAUGGAUCCACCCAGUCAGUCAGCAGAGAGCAGCGGCAGCAGAGAGAUGACCAACAGAUCCCUGUGACCGCCAAGAUGGAUUCCUCUUCACUGAAUGUCUAGAGGACGGCUCUUUUGCAGUGACAGUGGACUUACAUCACUGGGUCUUUGUAGCAUUUUAUUAUUGUCAUUUUGUAGGACACUGAAAAAAGAAGAUUGAAGUAACAUCUGGUUUGCAGGACUUGAUGUACGUGGAAGAACUCAGGAAGGAAAGGAGACGCCCCUCUGCAGUCUGGCACUUUUGAAUCUUUAAGAAUGAAACCAAAACUUUGGUGAAGAAGAAACGCUGAUGAUUACACUGUAAUGACUGACAACCGUGCUACUUAUUUAAACUUUUUUUUCUUGAUGAGCAAAGGAGACAUAUGAAAUCAUUUUGAUUGCCUACUUAUUGUAUGUGACUUACGCUGUUCAUGGCAGUCACCAUUGAUCACCCUUUAAAAGGGGGAAAGGUAACUGCAUUUCUGUGCAGAGGUGGGAGACAUUUGAGGACAUGUAGCUACACGAGCUGACGGUAGCAUUCAAGAUACAACUUCGCGGGAGAUUUAUCACACAGCUUUUCAUGCUGUGGAUCUCAGAUACAUAGAUACAUAGAUACAUCAUUUUGAGAUUGUCAAGCAGAAUAUUAGGAUCUUCAUCUAAGACCAAAUCAACCAGAAACCAUGAAUUUAAUAGACCACGGUUACAUGUGGUUAAAUGGAAACAGACAACCUCAAGAACCACCGCUAGUCAGUUUAUUAAUUUGUGUCACUGGCCACAAAAAGACAAACUGAAUUCUCUGUUAAACAUGAUGAACUAUUUGGAAUUCAAACGUAUUAAGAAGUUAUAUUUAUUUACAUGAUUUUUAAGCAUCUCCACAGAUGAGCCAAUAUCAGUUUUUUACACUUACUACUGAAAUGAACAUUGCCAUUAGUGUUGCAACUUGUUUUUAUUGCUAAGCUCUAAAAGGAUUGAUCAAUUCAUGUGUAGAAUUUAGAGGCACACAAAGCAAAGGAAGAUGCAGAUUAUGACCAAAUGAUUUCUUCUUGCCUCACUAUCCCCUGGCGAGCUUGUUGAAAAACCAAUGGUUGCCUUCAGGAAUAGGAACAAAAGAGGCCCCCUCUAGAGACAAUGCAUGUAUUGUCCAUUCUUAGCUACUGUACAAACAUGACGCUGUACAAUGGACGACUCAAUAUAAAGGUUUAAUUCUAGGCUGAUUGAAACAAGAAUCUUUGUUGCAGGCAGUUACACACAUUAAAAAACUUAAGUCCCCUCCCUAAAUUACAACGUGACACCAAAACUAACUGGAUCAGCAGACACACUGGACCUUUAGUACCACAAACACUAAACACUGUACAGACCCAGUGGAUCAUAUAUCUCUCCCCUGCAGGGUGGUGGAUAUUAAAAUCUUUUAUUUUCUUGAGGUCAUAAUUGAAUUAGAUGAUGCACCUACUCUGCUGUGUUAACAACACACGUCUUAUGGCCAUUGGAAGAUUACAGCCUUCAUUACUAUAUUUUUUCCCAGGAGGAAGAGGAGCUAUUGAUCUGAAAAAGGUCCUUAGAGAAAAUCCCUACUUGUUCCAUAUACAAAUCCAAGGAAAAGUCGAGAAGCUGAAUGAAUAUCUAUCGUUUCCUUUCCAAUGAAAUGUUGUGACUUAUUGAACAAAUACUAAAGGAGCAGUUUGCAGAAGGGGCCAGAGGGUCUCUGCUGUCAGCCAAAUCAAUACGAUGAAUUUUUAAAAGAGCUUGACAGUUUAACCUCAAGGACACAGUGGCCUGUAAUGUCAUCCCAGUGGCUGAAUAUAUAUUACCUUUAACAUGUGGAGUCAGAGCUAAAUAUACAGUAUCGUUAGUAAAGAGCAGGUCAUUUAAUCCUGACUCAAAGCUUGUGGCAACUUUCAUUUGCAUUUUUUGAAUGGCUGCAUGUCAGUUUAAGACCCUUACUCAGUAUUUUCUAUGAGUGCAACUUUAGCAAAUAUACUUUGUGGGUUCAUAAAGGUUGAAGCAUUGUUUAAUUUCCGAAGCCAUUAAUCAAGGAAACAGGGAAACAUUAACAGAGAGGGCUGCGUAGUGAGUUUAAUCACCACCGGGCAUGGGUGUUAUCACUAAUUAACUGGGUGAUAUAUAAUUUCAUUCUGCUGGCAAACUGAAGAUAGGACAGCCAGAAUGUAAAGCAGGCUUCGCUGUAAUCUGACAGUCAUUGUUGUUGAAUAAUACUGAGCUGAAACAAUGAAUUUGUUAAUUAACAUACAAAUAAUGUGUAACUACUCUGAUGAUUUUACUCUAAAAUGCCAAAAGAUAUCACAGGUUACAGCAUUUCUAAUAUUAUUAUUGUUUUCUGAUAUUUUACAGACCGAUUAAUCAUUGAUUAAUCAAGAAAUUGAUGUACACCUUAAUUAUAAUGGAUACAAUGAUCUGUUGCAGACCUUACAUUAUACAACACCUGAUUUUUAGUUGAAUCAAUCUUGUGUUUCCAAAGAAUUGAUGUACCCUAUGUACAAGCCAGUACAGUACACACCCGUCAAAUGUAAGCCUCUAUACAGACUCAGUCAAGAAAUAUUAUCUUCCCUAUACUUACUGUAUAUGUACAGACAAGCAGCUGAAUCACAGUCACGGUAAAAAAAACACAACUAGAAUCUGGUCAUGAUGGAUAACUUCUGCCAUCUAGAGGACAUCAAGAGAAAUAAACUUUUCUCACAUAAUAUGACAUGUUUUUCAAAAUAAGCCUUGAUGUUUGUGUCAGUUUAUAUAAAAGGCAGCGACGUGGGAAUUUUGUCUGAACCAAAACUAUGUUGAGAAUUUCUAUUUUGUUGAUAUCAAGAGAUAAGAUGUGAAGAUAAUAUACAAAACACUAAAGUAUAAUCAUAUAACCUAGUAACAACUAUUAAAUGUUCAAUUAUAACAUGCAAAAACUAUUUAUUUCACUUUAUUUGCUGCUGUAGUAAUUUCCUGAGACACAACCAUUAAUCCAUCCAUAUACUGAUCCAUAAGUCUGACACUAAUGCUGAUGAAAAGCAAAUACAACCACAAGUCAUUCGUAAAAGUCCCUUCACGCAGAAUGAGUCAAACCUGAAGAUCUUUAUCUCAAUAACAACAUCCACAUACUUUCUUGUAAAGCACUACGUCUCCACGCUAUACUGCUUGUGAACUGACAGCUUGUCUAUAGUUUGAUUCUCUACUUAAUGCUGCUAUUAUAUAUUAUAAUCAUGUGGGGGCAUGAAUGCUGCUAAUACGCCUGUACCCAGGUCUUGUUUACUUCUUUAAAAACUAUGUUGAUCUUUAUAAACAGUGACUAUUUUAUAGUUUGCAUGGACCAGCACUGAACCUUUAAUGACAUGUUUUCAAUGUAGAGUGACUGUAGCUCUGGAAACAGAGAACACAGACGCCGACUUGAAAUCAGCAAUGGUUUACAAUCUGAUACAAGAAAACAAAGAGGGAUGUUUCUGUGUGACCUGUUGUGCACUGACGUCUGUAUUUCCCUCCAGUGAGACUGCAGAUAUGUAAAAGUAGAUGGGAUGGAGACAGCUGCAAAUUUAAACUGGACGAUGCUCACUGUUAAAGCUUUUUAAUGUCGCCUACCUUUAUUCUGUUGAAUCUUCUUCGGCAUGACUGUUGCUUGCAUGCCCUGCCUUUAUGAACAGUGCACAGUAGUUAUGAGCCUUUCUAGAGAUGAUGCUAUUAUGGAAUCUUAUAUACCUUUAAAAAUACAGACGGAAUGUAUAUUUAUUGAAUAUCCUUGUUAAUGCACACUACUGAAUUAUCUGAUCCCUACAUUUUUACUCUUAAUAAAAAAUAAGGAAUCUUG